UGAUAGUACUGCCAUUGCCGUGCUUUUUCGUCCCGGUUUUGUGUGUCUUCAUUGAUUCGAAUUGUUGGCGUUUUUGGUCGUUUGUGAGGUGUCGAGGCUUUCUAACAUUCGACAAAUCGUAAUCAGCCGCCAGGUGGUGUUCAUUGUGCUUUGCGUUUUGAUGGUGAGAAAACCCCAUUGAGAAAAUUGCCCCGACCCAAAUCAAAACGAAGACCCCGGCCACUAGAAGCACCAUAUUGGUUUUCUUUUUCCCCUUUCCGCCUCCAUGUUGUUUCUUUCCUCUUAUCGUGCUCGAUGGUAGUAACGUGUUGCCGGUGUUUUUCGAUGUAGAAGACGACUUCAAGGCAUUGUGUCUUGCGCUAACUUUCGUGUUCAUAUUCUGCUUGACUCUAGUCGUAGUUUUGUUAUUGUAAGGCGAAAAUCGCUUUCUUCUAAUCGAUUCCUGCUAUUAGAGAGCUCGCCUUGCAAUGUCUGUCCCGUGUCUGGCGUCUGCUUCGGUUUUGUCACUUGACAACGUUGGUCGACCCCUUCAUGUUUUCGUUGCGAACAUAAAAUAAUGCGGUAGGCUUGCUACGACAGCUGAUCGUUUCGAACAAAAUUUCGAGUCAUUACUGUAUUUCCCUCAAAAUCAAAUACCGUACCCGGUACGUACGUUACCUAAACAAUACAGUAGAAAUCAACUCCUCCUCAACGGAUGGAUUUGUCUCUUGGAACGAAGACGAAUCAAUAAUUGACUCAUUGGAUUAAGUUUGAACUAUUUUAUUAGAAGUAGUUCGUCUUGCGCUAGCGAAAGUAACGGCUAGUCAAAAUAUCCUAUGUAAACACGAGCUUGACUCGUCUGACGCGAACAACGCACUUGGCGAGCCAAAACUUUCCACGAGAAAUCGGUUUUGUCAGGAAUGCAAAACCCCAUCUACCGUUCCUCGUAGUCAUGAGAUUUCUAAAAGGUUACGCGAAAAAGAACUUUUUGAGAUCUCAGAUCAAGAUACCAAUGAACGGUACACAAUAAUUCCGGGCAAUCCCAACGAAAAAAGACUUGACUUCGCAUUGAAAAAGCAUAUGCAACCAUGAAAUUCUCCGCCAUCUCUCUCCACACCUGCUUGGCAGCCACCGCUCUUUUUGCAUCAAACUGUAACGCCUACACCCCGGGAGUCCCAAAAGUAACUCCGGUAACACAGAGCAAUGCCCUGGACAACAAUGCCGAUAUUGCCAUGUCGCAAUACGAGGCUGCACUCAAGGCUGCUUUCGAACAAGCUUCUUCCACUGCGGCCCCAGAUGCACCCGAGGCAGAAUCCUCUACUGCUUCGGCUACCUUCGCCGAGCAAGUUGAGGAACAGGAACAGGCCAUCGAUCAAUACGAGGCAGCCCUAAAGGCUGCUCUCGAAUCGACAUCGGCAGCUGCGGGAGCUCCAUCUUCGAUCUCUUUUGGCGAGGCCGAGCCCGUCGCGAAUCAAGACGAUCAAAACGGACCCAACUGGGAGAGUAUUUCCGAAAACAUAUCAUCCCAAAUUGAAAAGGCUGAAUCAAAGAUCGGCGCACCGUUGUCAGCCGCUGCGAAGGGAGAAAUUGUCGGAACCGUCUUGGCAGGAUCCGCUGUUCUCGGAACGGCCGCCAUCAACUCGCCGUUGCUGAUGGGUGCCGCUCUCGGAUAUGCCUCGACGCACGUCCUCAGCGGAAAGCGUGGAGAAGACCUCGCCCGCGUAAGCAAGGAUGCCUUCCUAAGCGCCGUCACAUUUACGCAAACACAGCUCGAUCAGGAAGAGGGAGACAUCUCCAAGGCAUCCGCCCGCAUCAUGCAGCACCUACAGCACGAGGCCCAAAACAAGGCCAUGGAAGUCGGAAAAGUUGCUCAGACACAGGCCCACCAAGUUACGAGAGACAUCACCAACGCCCCCACGCACUUAGUCGAGGAAGGAAAGAAGAUUAUCGCAAGCGAGGAUUUCAAGAAAAUGCCCAACCGAACUUUCAAGGCUGUCCAGGCCUUUUUGGGCUCCGACGAAGUGAAGCGGGCCAAGGAGAGUGUCGUAAAAUCGAUCAAGGACGGUUUGGAAUCGGACGAGCUGAAGGCCGUCAAAGACCGCGCGACCAGAUCACUCAAGGAAAUCUAAUCAGGUUAUGAUCGGUCGCUACAAACGAGAACACAGCAACAUCGAGAACAAUGAAAAUUUCAUUGAAAGUGUUUCAAACUACCACAAGCGCUUUCUUUUUUCGCAAGAGAAUUAGCAGCUCCUAGUAUCUAAAUUCAAGCAUUCGUUUAGAAUCCCAACAUUGACUU